UUUUUCUUUCUUUUCCUUCUACUUCCCUCCCCUUUUCGCCUCCUCCACAACGACAGCAGCCUUUACUAUCUCACUUUAUUCCCGCAAUAAAAACAACAGACAACGAUAAUGACCGUGACCACAAGAGCGAAAGCAGCAGCAGCGUCUAUCACCUCGACGAUCGGCUACAUAUUGCUUGCACCGAUCAUGACAGCUUUGCUAUCCAUUCUCGGUUCAUUAGCAGUUGUCACCAGCGUAUUGACCUCUUCAUUUAUAUCCAUUCGGCUUGUAUUACUAGCAGCUGAGUUCGGAUUGGGCAUUAUGCUCAAUUCUACAACCCAAUUAUUCGCUUGGCUCAAGGAUCUGCUACGUCUAGGAAGAGGUGAACGCCGUCGUCAGAAGAAACGUUUUAAUGACGAUCAAGCAUUUUUGAAGCUCAACAGCAUUCCUAUUCCGCCGCCUCCACAUAGAACAGCCGUCAAGAAAAUGUAUUCAAAAUCGGUCCCAACCACUCCCGAUCCAACUCGACGUGGAUGUCAUGAAUUCGCAUUUUGAGUGACUACUGCUAAGUCCAUACUUAUCACUCUCCUGCUUUUUUUUGCUUAUUAUCUCAGUCUUCUUCUUCUUCAACCUCCUUCUCUUCUACAUUACGGCUUAUACAUUCUUUCCAGUUUAUUUGCUUGUCCAUUCGCUUUUUUUUUCUUUUUGCUCAUCCAUACCCCACAAAUUCCCGAACCCCGCCCAUGCUCUGCACACACGUGUCAAUUUAUAAAACUGUUGACCAACGUUUUACUGUACAUAUAGUAUAUACAAUAGUUCGAUGUACCUAAUAACUAUGUGCAUAUACGAACAACGAUAAUAAAGAUACGACAUUACACUUCCG